UUAUAUAAGGCACACACAAACAAACUCUUUCUCCUUGCUCCUUCUUCUCUCUCAUAUUCUCAAAGCAAAAAUGCCUACCCUGUUCUCCAAACGCCUUCACCUCUGUUUCUUCAAGCUCAAAUACCCCACCAUUCUCCACCACCCUCACCCUCCACCUUCCACCGACAAUUCCACCACCUUCACCCACCCCUCUUCUUCUUCCGACGACGAUGACGACCGUUCCUCCUCCACGGAGCCCGACUUCGCCUCCGUCUUCGCCUCCCAGCGCUUCUUCUUCUCCUCCCCGGGCACUUCCAACUCCAUCGUCGAAUCCCCGGACACCCGCACCUUCGUCCCCACCGGCGGCGGCGUCACAGUCCCCAAGUAUUCCCUCAACCCCUACGUGGAUUUCCUCCGCUCAAUGCACGAAAUGAUCCGUUCACGACAAGUCUUAGACAUCACCCAAGACUGGGACUACCUCCACGAACUUCUCCUGUGCUACCUCGCUCUCAACCCCUCUCACACCCACAAGUACAUCAUUCGCGCCUUCACCGACCUUGUCCUCCAACUCCUCUCCUCCACCCCCUGUCGGACGCACAACCAACACCACCACCGGCGCCACCGUAGCCUCUCCGGAAACUUCCUCUGAACAAAAAAAAUAAAACAUUAACUCAUCAUCAUUAACACGAGGUUGGUUCGUUUCGAGUUAUUUUAUCUUACCAGACAAAGAACAUAUUGGCGGUUGAGCGAUCCACUUCAUGGGAUUCUUUUUUUUUUUUUUUUAAGUUUUCGUAUCUUUGUCUUGGGUAAGAGUGGAACCAGAGCGACGUUUGUAUUUUGAUGAUCAAAAAGAGAAAGUUAGCGAAACGAAGGAGAAAGCAGGCGUGUGUUUCGAUGAAGGUGUUUGGUUAUGAUGUAUUAAAGAGUAUAUAGUGCUGCUGCUUCUUUGUUUGUUGUUGUGUUCCUAUUAUGUAAAAUAAGUAUAAAGUAUACUAUACUCUCUCUGGGUUUGAAAGAAAAAGCGAAAGGUGUAAAAUUUGUUGGAGUUGUUUCGUGACGUUGGUGAUGGGGAUAGUGGGUGACAAGCAGUGUUGGUUUA